AUGACUGAUGUAAAAAAUCCACUUGGUUUAAAUCAAGCUGAAAUUCUUGCUGGACUUGCUCUUGAACUUUCGCGACAAUCAAAAAAAAUUAUUAAUAAAAUUAGUAAAGUACCAUUUAAGAUUAAAAUUGGUUUUCAUUCUGGUCCAGCAGUUGGAGGAAUUGUUGGACAUAAAAAUUAUCAAUAUUGUCUUUUUGGCGAUACUAUUAAUACGGCAAGUCGAGUGACAACAACAAGUGAAGUAGGCCGUGUUCAUUUAAGUGUAGCAUCAUGGGAAUUAUUGAAAGAUUCAAUAUAUUUUGAAACAAGUCCUCGAGGAAAAAUUCAUAUGAAGGGUAAAGGAGAAAUGCAAACAUUUUGGUUAAGUGGAACAAAAGAUGCAUAUAUUGAAUAUGCAGCUAUGUUAGAAUCAAAAAGUGAAAUUCUUGAUAAUGAUAGAUUAUCUGAUUAUCAUCCAGCAAUGUAUGAAAUAAAUUCUCGAUCAAAACCUCUUCUCAAUGUUAUUAAUAAAUUACCUUCUUCAACUGGUCAAUGUCCAUUUAGUGGGAUGAAUGCAUCGACAUUUAUUUAA